AUGUCUGCUACUGUACUUAGAGAAGAAUAUGAUAACCAUCCAGCAGUUGCUGCCAAUUCUUCCAAAGUUGAGGAGAAGUUUGCAAAAGAAGAAUGGAAGGCUUAUCAUAUUCACUAUUUACGGUUUGUGUUCCAAUUCAUCCCAGGUCUGGUUAUUAAUCCUAUCCAGUGGGUUUUUGACAAAGGUAAAGGUCGGAUUUGCAUUGACUGUUCCAAUGGUCCUGACGACUUAGGAUCAAUCAACACCUAUAUCCCCAAACCAAAGCAAGAUAAGUCCAGUGAGCAGUGCCCUCCAAUCCACUACCAGUUUGCGUUCAAGAGGUUGCUACGUCAAGUUCUCCGUAUGCGCAUCACCAAACCAACAAGUCCUAUUUUGGUUCAUGCUGACAAUAUUGAAGCCGCUUUUCAACGUGUGCUUUAUCAUCCAGAUGUAGCUGUGGCAUUUGCAUGUGUAUACUCAGACUAUUUGAUUGUCCCAGUGGGCCAGGUGUUUGGUUCAAGGAAUGCUCCAUCAUUCUAUUGUGUUCUUGCCAACCUACGGGAGGUCUUGGCAACUUGUCGUGUUGAUGUUCCUUUGGAACAAUUACAUGCGCUGGUCCGUAAAUGUACCAUUGCCAUUGAUACUUCCACUCCUUUGUGCACGGUCCCUGCUGAUUCCCGUCACCCACCGUUGUCUGUGACCGAACUUGUUCAAAUGUACAAUGCUAGCUAUGUUGACGACAAUGCAGUUGCCGCCUUUGCUGAACAUAUCAAGCAAGCAAUCAAUCACAGUGUGAUGUCUGCCUUUGAGGUUUUUGGUCAUGGUGAUAAUCGCCGUGGUGACUGCCUCCAGGACAAAAAGUGGGAACCUGAGGUUACAGAAACCUUUUUGUUUCUAGGAUUUUGUAUCAAUACACACAAUAUGACGGUUUCUUGGCCACUCUACAAACGGGAAGACUUGCAUUCACAGUUGGUGGACAUCCUGAAACUUCAUCCACGUUGCGUUUCUCCUUGUGAGAUGGCAAAGAUUGUUGGUAUUGUCCGCUCCGCAUCUGAAAUUGCACCAUGGGGCAAUUUCUUGAGCUUUAACUUGCAAAAUGCACUGACACAGGCUGCCAAGAAUGCCUUCUCCGACAAACGAAGCUGGUGGACAUGUUCUCGUAUCUACCUAUUGCGUGUGGCAGUUGCUACAAUCCAUCAACUGUUGGAGACAUUAUUGGCGCCUGAGGACAGCCCACUUUGGUCUCGGCCUAUCGCUUUGUACCUGGAUCGUGACUACACUCAUAGUGCAUAUUCCGACGCAGGCUAUGGUGGCUUGGGUGGCUGGAGUGCCAAUUUCAGUUUCCUUUGGCGCCUGACCCGUGAUACUCUUGUCGAAGCGGGUUUUGAGAUGCGUGAAAUAAAAAUCUCAUCUAAUGACCCAGCGUUACCUGAUGGUUUCUUACACAUCAACCCAUUGGAAUAUCUGGGUGCACUCAUCAACCUUUGGAUCUGUAUCAAAUGUGUGAUACUUCUUGGCCCCAUCAAUGGGGGCUACAUUUUAGCUUUAUUGAUCGAUAAUACAACGGCUGUGUCUUGGAUGUCCACAGCAUCCAGGACAAAAAUCCUCUUCCACAGGGACUAG